UCGUUUUUAUAACCACACCAUGCAGUUUGGCAAAUGUGAAGAGAGUUGGCAGCACCGUUGUGUUAUAACAUUCGUCGCCAUUCACACGCAGGAUUUUCAACAGCUUACAGGAUGAUGAUGCAACGCUCCAUGCUCUUGCUACCCCUGGCGGUUGAAGCCACGAUGCAUGCCCAACAGCAACGUGGUAUGGCCACUUUGCAGUCAAUUUCCAUUCGCUUGAAAUCAGUGAAGAACAUUCAGAAAAUUACGCAAUCAAUGAAGAUGGUGUCCGCCGCAAAAUACGCCAGGGCGGAGCGUGAUUUGAAGGCGGCGCGUCCUUAUGGCAUUGGAGCGCAACAGUUCUUCGAAAAGACCGAGAUCCAGGUCGAUGAGAAGGCCGAACCCAAGAAGCUUCUUAUCGCGAUGACAUCCGAUCGUGGUCUCUGCGGCGCUGUGCACACCGGUGUGGCCCGUCACAUCCGCAACGAGCUUGCUAAGGACGAUGUUAACACCAAGAUUUUCUGUGUCGGCGACAAGUCGCGCUCGAUCCUGGCGCGUCUAUACGGCAAGAAUAUUCUGAUGGUAGCCAACGAAGUGGGUCGUCUGCCACCUACCUUCUUGGAUGCCUCUAGGAUUGCGCAUGAGGUCCUGCAAACCGGUUACGAGUAUUCCGAGGGACAAAUCGUGUACAACAAGUUCAACUCGGUGGUAUCUUACUCACUGUCCCAACUGCCCAUCUACAGUGGCGCCACUGUGGAGAAGUCGGAGAAGCUGGCGGUCUUCGAUUCCCUGGACGCCGAUGUCAUCCAGAGCUAUUUGGAGUUCUCGCUGGCUUCCCUAAUCUUUUACACCAUGAAGGAAGGCGCUUGCUCUGAGCAAUCGUCGCGUAUGACUGCCAUGGAUAACGCCUCGAAGAAUGCUGGUGAGAUGAUUGAAAAGUUGACGCUCAUAUUCAACCGCACCAGACAGGCUGUCAUCACUCGCGAGCUGAUUGAAAUUAUCUCCGGUGCCUCUGCUCUGGAGUAAGAAGUGUAACACUCCAGUUCGAACAGCUCCAAACGAUUAUAAAUCUAAUUCAAAAAGCCAUUCAAAACGCAGCGCUAGCGCAUUGAAUAUUUAAAGUUACAACUAUCAAAUUUAUCCCGAAAAUAAAUAGAGUGGAACGAACGAACCAA